AUGCGCAAGAGCCGGUGCUGCAUCGCGGUCCUUGCCGUCGUUGCCAUCAUCAUCAUGCUGCUUGCUGCUGCCGGCGCUUUCGGAUACAAAAAGCUCAAGCUUAGGCCGCUCGAUGGAAAAUCCCCGCCGUGGUAUCCCACUCCAAGGGGCGGCUCCGUGCGUCAAUGGGCCGACAGCUACAAAAAGGCUGCGGAAAUGGUGAACAAGAUGACACUUGCGGAGAAAGUUAACAUUACGACAGGAACGGGAUGGAGCAUGGGGCUUGCCGUUGGCAAUACGGCACCGGCGCUGCACGUGGGAUUCCCUGCGUUGGCCCUCCAAGAUGGACCGCUGGGGAUUCGCUUUUCGGAUAAUAUCACGGCCUUCCCGGCGGGUGUGACUGUCGGGGCGACGUGGAAUAGGGAGCUCAUGUAUGAGCGAGGCAAAGCACACGCACUCGAGGCUCGUGGUAAGGGCAUCAACGUCCUCCUGGGACCUGUUGUUGGCCCCUUGGGCAGGAUGCCUGCCGGAGGGCGCAACUGGGAGGGCUUCGGAGCAGAUCCAUAUCUCGCUGGUGUCGCGGGCUUUGAGACCAUCAAGGGCAUUCAGGACCAGGGCGUUAUGGCUACCAUCAAGCACUUCAUCGCCAACGAGCAGGAGCAUUUCCGCCAGGCGUGGGAAUGGGUGCUGCCAAACGCCCUCUCAUCCAACAUUGAUGACCGAACUAUGCACGAGAUUUAUGCCUGGCCGUUUGGCGAUGCCGUCAAGGCUGGUGUUGCCAGCGUUAUGUGUUCCUACAACAUGGUCAACAAUUCUUAUGCUUGUGGAAAUUCCAAACUGCUCAACGGUAUUCUAAAGGACGAAUUGGGAUUCCAGGGUUUCGUCAUGUCAGACUGGCUGGCGCAGCGAUCCGGCGUUGGCAGUGCCCUGGCUGGCCUCGAUAUGAGCAUGCCAGGAGAUGGCCUGCGUUGGCAGGAUGGCAACUCUCUCUGGGGCCCCAACCUCUCCCGCGCUGUCUUGAACGGCUCGUUGCCGCUUGAAAGACUCAACGACAUGGUUGUUCGCAUCGUGGCCUCGUGGUAUCAACUUGGUCAAGACGACAAGAAGCUCUUUGAUAGGAAAGGGCCCAACUUUUCUUCAUGGACAAAUGACAAAAUGGGUGUCACUGCACCGGCUAGUUCAUCACCCCAGGACAAGGUUGAGGUUAACAAGUUUGUCAACGUGCAAGGUAAUCACUCGAUACUGGCUCGUCAGGUCGCCGCGGAGGGGACUGUUUUGCUCAAGAACGAAGGGGCUCUUCCCCUCACUCUUGAUGGUCGUCUUAAUGGUGGUGAAUCAGCCCCAACCAAGAGAGAUGGCCAAGUAAGAAUAGGCAUCUUUGGAGAAGAUGCCGGUCCUGGCAAGGGGCCCAAUUAUUGUGAGGACCAGGCGUGCAAUGAUGGUACUCUAGGUUCUGGUUGGGGAAGCGGCGCAGUCGUGUUUCCAUACUUGCUAUCUCCAAUCGAAGCACUCCGAAAAAAGUUUAACAAGGAAAAGGUCAAAAUCACUGAGCACCUGAAGAAUGACAAGCCGGCAAAGGAUGUUGUCCAGAAUCAGGAUAUAUGCUUGGUCUUCAUCAACUCGGACUCUGGGGAAGGAUAUCGGACAUGGGACAAGGUCCAUGCUGACCGCAACGAUCUCAAGGUACAAAAGGGUGGUGAAACACUUGUUACCGACGUCGCAACCAACUGCGGUGGCGGGUCAGGCACGACAAUUGUCAUUAUUCACUCUGUCGGGCCCGUGACCGUGGACCCAUGGAUUGAUAUCCCCACCAUUAAAGCUCUCAUUGCUGCCAAUUUGCCUGGGCAGGAAAGCGGAAAUGCCAUCGCGAGCAUCAUCUUUGGAGAGGAGAACCCAAGUGGCAAGCUGCCAUACACCAUUGGCAAGUCUCUCGGUGACUACGGACAAGGCGGCCAAGUCAUGUACCUGCCGAACGGGGUCGUCCCGCAGCAGGAUUUCAACGAGGGCCUCUACAUUGACUAUAGACACUUUGACAAGUACAAUAUCGAGCCCCGGUACGAGUUCGGAUUCGGGCUCUCAUACACAACCUUUGACUACAAAAAUCUCAAGAUUACGGAGACCAAGCCGAGAUCGCCUCUGCCGGAUGAGCGACCGGCAGUUCCGGAGGUUGAGCCCCCGAAAUUCGAUACCGCCAUCCCGAAAGCUGAAGAGGCAUUGUUCCCAUCGGGUAUUCGCAAGCUCAACAAGUACAUAUAUCCAUAUAUCGAAUCGGUUGACGACAUCAAAAAAGGCAAGUAUCCUUAUCCCGACGGCUACGAUGUGCAGCAGCCACCGUCCGGUGCAGGUGGCGGUGAAGGCGGCAACCCGUCGCUAUGGGAAUCCCACGUAACUGUAUCCGUCGAAUUGACCAACACGGGCAAGCUUGGCGGCAAAGCUGUGCCCCAACUAUACCUCUCAUAUCCCGAGUCGGAUACGGUUGACUUCCCCGUCAGGGUCCUGCGUGGGUUUGACAAAGUUUUCAUCGAGAAGGGAGAAACGAAGGCGGUCGAGUUUGUGGUGACAAGGAGAGACUUGAGCUACUGGGAUGUAGAAAGGCAGAACUGGGUUAUUCCAGACGGAGAGUUUACAUUUUCCGUUGGAGAUAGCUCGAGAGAUUUGAGAGUUACAGGUACAUGGUGA